CGAUCGAGGAACGGCCGUAAUUUUAAGCAUAAUAUUUACGUUGAACGAUACAACCGCAGGCGAGGACACGCAGUGCGGCACCGAGGAUUCCGCCGUCGCCCAGGGAGGCGAUCAGCUCCAGAGGAUGACUAUGGACGGCGUAGAGGUGGUGGGCUCGCAGCCGCACGCGGCCACCAGCCCGUUUCUGCUCUCCUCGCCGCCGCUGGGCCACCAUCAUCAUCAUCACGCGACGUUCAAUUUGCCGGUGCAGCUCAGCUUCGACGCGUGUUUACCGUACAACGCGGCCCCCACGUCCGGCUCGGUCACCUGCGACGUCAGCGGGACAUCCGCGACCUGCACCAACUCGUCCGCCACCGGCUGCGGCAAGGGCACGCCGUCGCUCUCCCUGGCGACGAGCGUGCCGCUGCACAUGCAGCUGCAGAUCAGCUCGACCGCCCCCCCGGAGCACAACCACGGCCAUCAGCACCAUCAGCACCACCAUCAGCUGGACGACCGUCACCACCAGCACCAGCUGGUGCACCCCAAUGCGUCCUCGCCGUCCACCGACGCCGCGGACGGCAAGCGGCACCGGCAGCCCGGCGUCGACGACGACGACAAGGGCUGCAUCAGGAACAAUUGCCGGAGCGACAUUCACGAUACCAUCGACAAGGAUAAGCCCGGCGACCUCAACACGCCGGUCACCACCAGCAGCGACCUACCCUCUUUCUUCGGGCCCUCCGCGCUUGUCGAACCGCCACCGAUCUCAGGCAGCCUGGCGAGCGAGGACCUCUCCCUGGAAGAGGCGACCGCGGAGGAAGACGAGAACGGCGGCGCGUCCGCCGGCAGGGAUCACCGGCAUCAUCACCAUCAGGACGCGCGGAAUGCCGUGACGUCGAACGCGCCUUCCUCUAGCAGCCCGCCGUCGCGCCAUCACCAGACCCAGGACGAGGCGGAUCGCUGCAACGCGCUGCAGAGUGGUGUGAUUUUGUACUCACCGCAUUCCACGCCCACUGCGCCCGCGACGAGCGUGAAUAUCUGUAACGUACCGACGUUGACCUAUCGCGGCGUCUUCACCACGACCUGCACGCAGUCCUCCCCUCUGGGCAACCUCCAGGGCGACCAGCAGCAGCAGCAACCGCAGCAGCCGGCGGGUCAGGAGCUGUGGGCGCCGUUACCGUCGCCAACCUUAACCUUGGCGGGCCAGCCGUUCCUUCACCCCAACUUACACUCUGCCGCGUACAGCGGCGAGACCGUCGAAUUGCUGCAGGUCGAUUCGAAGCCGCCCCCGCCGCCCGGUUAUCACGACACGGCGACCACCACCCCCGCGACCUGGCUGACGGGUCACGAGGACGCUUACGAUCCCGGUCUCCUCUCCCACCAUCACUCUCACGCCCAUCACCAGGAGACAACGUUGAAGCAGGAGCCGACCGGCGCCGGUUACGCGUCCAGCGUCCAGCAACCGCAGCAGGCUCAGGCGCAGGCCCAGCAACAGCAGCAACAACAAGCCCCGCCGCCUGCCACCUGCGGUAGCACGGGGGUCCAACUGGCCGAGUACAAUCCGAGCACGUCCAAGGGCCACGAGAUCCUCUCUCAGGUCUAUCAGCAGAGCGCACUGCCGCUCCGACUGGUCCCCGUGAAACCGCGCAAGUACCCGAAUCGGCCGAGCAAGACGCCGGUCCACGAGCGGCCCUACGCCUGUCCGGUGGACGGCUGCGACCGCAGGUUCUCCCGCAGCGACGAGCUCACCCGGCACAUACGCAUCCACACCGGGCAGAAGCCGUUCCAGUGCCGCAUCUGCAUGCGCUCCUUCUCGAGGAGCGACCACCUGACCACCCACGUGCGCACGCACACCGGCGAGAAGCCGUUUUGCUGUGACCAGUGCGGCCGAAAGUUCGCCAGGAGCGACGAGAAGAAGCGCCACGCGAAGGUGCACCUCAAGCAGAGGCUGAAGCGCGAGACGUCCCACGCCAAUCCGAGAACCCAUCACCAGAGCCACGCGUCGUCACCCUGCAAUCAAUGAAUUCCAUGACAACGAUGUUGAAAAAGUCCCCCUUUUAACGUUGAGAUCUCAUUACGUUUGUCACGUUCUGACAAGUUGUGAUCUAUGUCUCC